CGGGGAAGUGACAGUCAGCCUCGGCUAGACCUAUACUUUCGUGCGCUUGUCUUUUGGGCCACAGCUCGUCCCGCAUUUCCUGGGACGGUCACUGUCUGUCCGCAGUCCAGUUUCGAGUUCGCAUUCCGUUCGAAUUUCAACGGAAGGAAGAUGUUACAGUUCAGGGGAACCUUUGAGAAGGAAAAAAAUGCCUUACAUGAGCUAAACCAGAGGUUAAGAGAGUAUUUGUCCAGGGUGAAGCAGCUGGAGGAGGAAAACAGCUUCCUUAUGACGGAGAUCAAGUCGGUGAGGCAGGAGAGAACGUACGAAUGGGAAAGUGAAUACAAGGCUGAGCUGAGGGAGCUCAGGAGGAUGGUGAAUCAGCUCUCCUUUGAGAAGUCCGAGGCUGAGAUGGAGAGACGGGAGCUCUGGCGAGAGCUGAAGAUGGUCCAGGCUCUGUGCUGCGAGGAGUCGGCGCUGUGUCGAGACGUCGACGCGGAGCUCAGGGCUUGUGAGAAGCAGCUAAAGCAAGCCCACAAAACAAAGCUGGACCUCGAGGAUCGCCUGCUCCUCCUUGAGAACGAGUGCAAGUGCGUUGAAGACGCCCACAGCCGCCAAGCGGCCGAGCUUCGGAGCCAAGCGCGUUCGCGAGCGCGGCCCGUUUUCCACCACGAGAGUCAACCGGCGUCUCCAGCGAUCAGGGCGGACGAGGUGGAGAAAUGGGCGCUUUCCUUGUCCGACACCUGGAGAGAAACUGUAGAUGCGUACCGGCUCAAGAUAGAAGAUGUGGAGAAAUGUUUGCGGUCGGACGAGGCCAAGCUGGAAGAGCUCAGAAAGGAGAAGCUGCUGUGUGCCUCAGAGUCUCGACAACUUUGCUCGGAAGUGGAAAAACAAAAGCAGCGGCAGGUGCACCUGGAGGAGCAGCUCAUGAGCCUGCGGGAGAGCUGCCGAGCGGAGCUCGACCGCUACGAGGUCAUUAUGGAUGAUCUAGAACAGGAGCGGAGUUUUCUGUCCAACACCAUCGCUGAAAAGCUGAAGGAUCACCAAGAGCUCAUGCAGGUCAAGAUGGGCCUGAGCCUGGAGGUGGCUGCGUACAGAGCACUUCUUGAAGGAGAGAAAAAAGAUCGACUUUUGUUGUCAGACCUGAACACAAGGGAAACCUCAAGAAUAAUAGACAUUAGGUUGUCUCCGCAUCCCUACACUUUGAAAGGGACGUUCAAGCCCAGAAAACAUGAAGGAAAAGCAUUCCCAGUAAAUAGAAGUUUUGACGGCAGAUACAUGGCGCCAACCUCAAGAACGACAGCAUACUCUGGAUCAAUUCAGAACAGAUCUUCAGGUGUGACAAGGAUAGUUCCCAUUACUUUUUGUGGCUCAGAUCAGCAAAGUUCAUCAAGGAGAAUGGACCUGCCCUUAUUCACCAGCUCAACCCAGGCUGUCAAUAACAUGCCUUCUCACAAUGAGCAAAAUACAGAUGUACAUAAUAAUGUAACUGAAAGCACAAUUCCUGACAGGUCCCAAUGUUCAGCUGAAGAUUUCGCCAACCCUGACGAUUCAGGCCUCAUGGUCAGUUCCCUCCACGGUCCUCCAACCACAGCAGACAACAAAUCUGUGACAGUGAUGUCACCUCUAGCUGUGAACGAGGUUGUAAAUGCACAGGAUGGCAAAGAGAGAACUAUUCACAUCAAGGUUGAAAAAGAGAAAAAUGACACAAGCACACUUGGUGCGGAGAUCAAGGAAAACAUGCAAGACUUCCAGAAUGUCACAGUGGUAACACAAGACUGCAUUGCUGGGAAUCACUUUGAUGGUCAAGUUUCAAGUCAGUCGCAGAUCCAAGACAAAGAUUAUAUUAAAGAGCCAUGUACUGUGGCUCAGGAAUUUCCAGGUGAAGGGAUGGUGUUGGAAUCAGUUUCUAUGGAAGAAAUCAUUGAGAAGGUUAUGAAACCUGCUGGACUGGAUACAAAGGUAAAUUCACCUUCAGACUCAAAGUUCACCUACCGUGUGGAGAAGUCAGCAGAGGAAAAUGGAACAGCUAAGACUCAGAUCAUCUUGCAGGCUACGAUGCAGGAAGAUGUAGACAUCGCAGAUGAAUCCAUUCUGGAACAGCUCCUCAGUAAGGAUGUGAAGAAAGUUGCUUUGGAAGAUAUCAAGGGAACCCCGACAGGGAGUAUGAUUGAAAAUCUUCUCAGCCUUGGACUGCAGGGAGAUGAAAACAUUGAAAAUAAGUCAAUUAACGUGGAAAUUAUUGAAGAACCACUGGAACAAAAGAGUUAUGAAGAAAAUAAAGUAAAGACAAGUCCAACUUUCAUCCAGCCAUCUUCAGUGUUUUUCCAAAUUGAGGAAGUUGAGAAUGAGGAUGACGGCACCAAAUGCCAUGAUGAUCAGUCUGAAACAAGCAGCACUCCUUUGAUAGUCAAAGGAGAUGACGGAAAGAAAGAUUCCAUCCAAAAUCAGGGAAGUUCUAGAGACUUGGAUUCUCUAGUCUUUGACCAGGACCAUGAAACUGAAUAUUUUGUAUCCACACCAGAUGACGAUAUUUCAGAGCCUGAUGAAGGUAUUUUUUCAUCUAUCGGACAUUACGGUGUGGUGGAUGAUUUAUCAGAUGAACGGUAUUAUCAGGAAGAGUCCCCAAUCAACCUAAGGUUUGAAGAAGCUGAGCGCUAUAGAGCUAUACCCAAAAUGACUUAUGUAAAGAGUGAGCACACAUUUAACAAAGAGCGUUUCCCAGAGUGCAUUAUUGAAGAGGAGGUUCAGGUGUCUCCCACAGUACAGGAAUCCAUGCCUGAGUUCCUACAAGAGGACUCAAUUGACUUGAAAGGGCACGUAGAGGGUGCUUUGGGGAAGCUACAGGAAACAGUAUCAGGCUCGCUGAAGGAGGAGUUGAUUCUUUUGACAAAAAAUGAUCAAGAACCUUUGAACAGUAUAGCUGUCAAGAGUAUGGAGCAGGCAGCAGACAAUGGCACAGUGACCAUUGUAGCAGAGCUCAGUGCCUCUCAGACUCUGGAAGAAUCUGGAAUGCUGGAAGGGCAGAGUGAAUAUGACAGACUUGAGGACAGGCUAAUGGAUGGGUCACAGACAUCCAGUGUAGAACUCCAACAAGUUAUCAGUAGUGGAGUUACAGUCAGUGGAACAGACAGGGAGUAUUUGACUUCCAGAGACCAUGAUGGCAAAGUUGAGGAACACAGUGAACAGGAAGGUUUCCUGACACAAGAGUCAAUCACAAAAGUCAACAAGACAGAGAAACAUAUUAAGCUAGGACCUUCUGAGAAGUCAUUUACUUUCCAGAUGGACAUCAGCAGUCUCACUCCUGCAUCCUCCAGCAGUGAUCCCUUGGAGUCUCAAGGUUUGCACUCAUUGGCUGAGUCAAGCCAAGAGGACAGCAUUAAGGAAAUGACAGAAAAUGGGUGUGGACUUGUGGAGAUGAAAACCUCAAACGAGAAACAGGAUAACGCUUUCAACCUAGAUGAAGCCCAGGAAGGCAUGGCAAGAAACCACGAUGGCUGCUCUACAGAGCAUGUGGGUUUCAGCCAUUUUGUUCAACCUUAUCUGGCAGAACCACAGCUGCAAGUACACCAGGAAAAAAGAAUUGCCACGGUCUACCUGGAGAAUCAAAAGGAUAAUUGAUUAUAAUAUUAUGAUUAUAAUGAGUAUAGUAUUACCAAACAAAGAAAAAUUGUAAGCUCUGUCAAGAUUUGCAUUUCUCUUAUCAAAAUUGAUCAUAAAUACUGCAUGACACCUUACAGGGUUAUUAUUAGUGGUACACAACAUGAACAGCUAGAAUUUGAUUGUUGGCUUUAUAUUAGCAUAAUUUUUUUCUUUUUUAAAUAGGGAGCUUAUGUAUCCGAACAAUUGGAGAGAGAGCAUCAUAACAUUGAAUGUUUCAGACAUAUAAGAUUUCAUACAAAAAUCUUUCCCAAUGUUACAAGAUGCAUUUUGUUUCUUUUAGCACAGUGUCUCUGAAUCUGCUGGAAAUACUUCAGCAAAAUUAAGAAUUGCUGAUUUUAUCUAAUUUGUGCUGUAGUCUUCAAGAAGUUUAGUGCCGUUAUAUUGUGACAUUUCUUG